GCCGCGUAAGAAAGGAAAGUAAAUUAAAACACUUGCCUUAAAUAAACGCGACGCUGCUGCGUAAAAAUUAAGAAAUGGUCGGUGGCGUGUAUAUAUACUUGUAGUGAUGAGCUGGAAAGGAAAAAAAAUUGAAUCGAUGGCAAGAAGCGCGGGUCGAUUGACCUUCACGCGAUGCUUCUUCUACUUCUCUCUCAACCUGCUUUUCUUCUUCUUCAUUUCCUCACUCGCCGACGAUCAACAAACCCUAAUCACUCUCAAAGGUGUUGAUAUUGAAAAGCCAAAUUUGGAUGUGUCACCUUCCUUACUUUUGGAGCACUCUGAUACUGAAGGUGUUAAAAGUAAAAACAUUAAGCUCUGUGAGCGUGUUCAAGUUUCUGGAAUCUCGAGAUUGAAGCUCAGAAGCUAUGCUAAUUCAUAUCACAUUACUUUGGCUCCAUCUGUUGCCAUUCCUGAAAGAUUGCAUGGAAAAAUUAAGAUUUGUUUUCACAGGAAUAAUACUCUUGGAUGGUGUCAGUGUGGAAAGGAUGAAUGGAGGGGUGUACAGAAGGGGAUUUGGAGUGCAGUUAUGUCACCUUACGAGACUCGAUAUGUUGAUGUCAAGAUUGAUAGUGAAAUGCGGGGUUCAGUUACAGUUGCACUUGAAGAAGGUUUUCAGCAAUGGCGUCUCAUUAGUCUUGCUGUUGGAUUGAUAUUGUUGCUGUUGGCUCCAAUUAUAAGCAGUUGGGUUCCGUUUUAUUACAGCAGUUCAAUGGCCAUUGGGAUCUUUCUUGUUGUUAUAAUAAUUCUUUUUCAGGGCAUGAAAUUUUUGCCAACGGGAAGAAAAAAUAUCUUUUACCUUGCCAUAUAUGGAUCAGCGCUUGGUGUUGGGUCAUUCCUUUUGCACCAAUUCUCUAUGAUCGUCAGUACAAUUCUUCAGAGUUUUGGGAUGAGUGAAGAGAUGCACAAUCCAGUUGCCAUUUUUGUACUAUUGGGUAUCAUCUUGGCUGGAGCUGCUUUAGGCUACUGGAUUGUCAGGAGAUUUGUUAUUUCAGAAGAAGACGGUAGUGUGGAUGCUGGAGUUGCUCAGUUUGUGAAAUGGGCAAUGCGCAUUAUUGGGGCCACCUUUGUUUUGCAGAGCACUCUUGAUACUCCUCUUGCAAUUGGAGCCUUAAUCUCUUGUGUAGCUGUUUGCCAAAUUGGUUCUUUAAUAAAAUCACUUCAUGGAUGGUAUGAAACUUCAGGGAAUGACAAUUAUUCACUGGAGUGGGUGAGAGGAUCUCCAGGUCGUGCGGAAUUCCUUAGCAAGUCAACUCCUAAAGGAAAAAUGUGGAAUAGCCCUAAGAGUGGCUCUAACGGAAAAAUGUGGGACAACCCUAGAAGGACGUCAUGGUCCGACUCACCUGUGAGAGGUAUUGUAUCACCCUCUUCUGGGUUUUCGACACAAACUUCAGGGACUCAAUCAGGGACAAACUAUUAUUCAACCUUCCACAAGACGGGCAACAACAGAAAGAAGUUCACUAAGGAAGAGUGGGAUGACUUCACCAGAGACUCCACCAAGCAAGCUUUAGCUGAAUGGGCAGCAUCUCCAGAAUUCACUGAUUGGAUCAUCGAGCAUGCAGAUCGGAUAAAACUGCUUCCGAGCGAGAGUUCAGAAGAGCCAGUGGGGAGUGAAUCUGAUUCCACAGAAGGAGGAAGUGGGAAUGGAUUUCGACUUUUUAGUUGGUAGUGAGUUGAUAUGAAUAAGAACGUACUAACUAGCAGAAAUUGAUUUUUUUUUCAUAGGGUUGGGGAACAGUAACAAUGAAAGUGUAUUUUAGGUAGGAACUUGUGUUCGCUUACUAACCAACAUGUAGAUAGAUAGUUCUAUUAGUUUGCCUGAAUAUUCCAAACUGAAGCUUGAGAAAUCAUACCAAGUUUCUUACAUUGGAUAUUUUGGGUUCUUUUUUGUUACUUCUGAUGUAGUACCAGCGUACCACUUUGUCAAUUUGUAGGAGGAGUUUCUUAUUCUAAUUGCAUUCCUAUUGGAUUUCAAUACUGUACCCACGUUUUAAUAGAUUUUAAUGAAUUCUUUUGGAGUACACAUUAUAAAUAGUCUAAAUCUAAAUUCACAUAAUUAAUUUA